UCCUUUCCCCGCCCAUAGUCCCACAGACUGCCAAGCCAAGCAGCCAAUAGGUGGCCUGACGGGCGAUUUCUUGAAUCCCAUAGGCGUAGAGUUUUGCAGCCGCCCUUGUCAAGUUGCCAAUUGCUCCAGCCUCCAGUCAGCUUUGCACAUUUCCCUUGCAGGCGGGGAGCCGGGAGCUUGGGAGCUGAGGGUCUGAGACCAUGGGACUUGGAUCUGAGUAGCACUUAGGAGAUGCUGUGCAACAGAACAGAGCCGCCAUGGGGACAGCCCCAGGGCCUGUUCACCUGCUGGAGCUGUGUGACCAGAAGCUUAUGGAGUUUGUGUGCAAAGUGGACCCACACUUUGUGUGGCUCGAGGAGAUCCAGGAGGAGGCCAGGUGUAUGUUCACCAGAGGAUUCAUCAAGGAGCCGGAGCUGAUGCCCAAAACGCCCUCUCAGAAGAACCGAGGGAAGAGGAGAAGGAUUGCUAACAUUCAAGAUGCCGGCAGAAACCCCAUCCGGAAAAGGAAAAGCGGCGAGGAGGACCCCAGCAAGGAGGCGGGGCCGAUGGAGGAGGCGGGGCCGAUGGAGGAGGCGGGGCCGAUGGAGGAGGCGGGGCCUGAGGUCCCCAAGGAUGAAGAGAGCGCCUUGCGCCCCCGAGGUGCCCCUGGGACGGUCAUUAGUAUGGCUGGCUCGCAGCCUGCGGCCGGGGGCCAGGACAAGCCCUCCACGGGGCAGCAUGAGGCCAAGAUCCAUCUGGCAGAUGGCCCCGAGGAGCCGCCCCAGAGGCUCAGCCCCGUGACCUGUAGGAGGAAGCACAACUGCAGAAGAAAGCUCAACAACAAGGAAGCGGUGAGUGAGCUGGAGGAGGCCCUGCGGCUCCCCCGGAGCAGCACCCCUUCCCCGCCCGCUCCAGCCAGCAGGGUGAGUGGCGGCAUCCUGCCCUCAGGGCCUCUGCCCUCCCCGGAGUCCACCCCUGGCCUGACCCUGGUCCGUCCGCAGGUGGUGCAGCCUGUCCGGACCUUCCCGCACACCAUGCAGAGGAGCCAGACGCCCAUGACCCCGGCCCCGGCCGCCCGCAGCAGGGCCAUAAGAUCCUUCGUUAAGCGAAACACUCCCCUGCGUGUGGACCCUAAGGAGAAGGAGCAGCAGCGCCUGGAGCACCUGCGGCAGAGAGAGGAGGCAGAGCAGCUCCGCAGGCUGAAGGUGGAGGAGGACAAGCGGCGGCGGAGGGAGGAGCUGAAGCUGAAGCGGGAGGAGCGCCUGCGCAAGGUGCUGCGGGCCCGGGAGCGGGCGGAGCAGAUGAGGGAGGAGAAGAUAAAGCAGAUGGAGCAGAAGAUCGCUCCGCAGGGUAAGAAUGAGAAGGCCAAGGAGGAACGACUGGCCGAGGAGAAGGCCAAGAAAGUGGCAGCGGCCGUGAAGAUGGAGGAGCGCAGGAAGCAGGAGGAGGAGGCCCGGAGGCUCAGGGGUCCGCAACAGGAGGAGGAAGAGCAGCAAAGCAAGAAGGAGGAGGAGGAGCAGGAGCAGGAGCGUCUGCUGAAGGCGGCUGAACAGGAGCAGCGGAGGGAGCAGGAGCGGCUCCAGGCCGAGAGGGAGCUGCAGGAGAGGGAGAAGGCCCUGCGGCUGCAAAAGGAAAGGCUGCAGAGGGAGUUGGAGGAGGAGAAGAAGAAAAAGGAAAAGCAGCAGCACUUACCGGAGGAGCAGGAGAAGAAAGCUAAGGAGGCUGCAGCAGCCAGCAAAGGGCCAAACAUGACCAUGGAUGUGCAGUCUCCAGCUUGUACCUCACAUCAAACGACGCCACGCGGGCCCAGGACUGCCCCCAAGAUCCACCUGGAUAACUACGGGAUGGAUCUGAAUAGCGACGACUCCACUGAUGACGAGUCCCAGCCCCGGAAGCCCAUCCCCCCCUGGGCCACGGGCGCCCAGCUCAGCCAGGCCAUCCUCCACCAGUACUGCCACCCCCCGAACCUGCUGGAGCUCUUCGGCACCAUCCGCCAGCUGGACCUGGAGGUCAUCUUCGCGAAGAGCAAGCCGCGCUACCACCAGCGCACCAGCUCCGCCGCCUGGAGCUCGCCGCCCCUGCAGGGCAGCAGGGUCCCCGGCGGCCUGACCUGCAGCCUGAGGUUCUGAGGCAGGGCCCCCGCUCCUCUCCCAUCUCCCUCGGUCUCGUGCCCUCCUCCCUGUGUUCCGUCCCGCAGGGUGGUGCUGUCCGUGUUCCGGUGGCCCCCGCCUGGGCGGAGACUGCGCUCCGCGUGUGUCUGCGCGGCUGCGGAAGCGCCAGGCGCAGCCACGCCUAGCUCGCAGGCGGUGCUUUGUGAACAGGUUGCUAUAACUGUAGCCUGGACUUUGACAGUGUGUUAAUAAAGUUCAUUUUUUUAAGCCUG